AUGCCAUUUCCUCCCCCACUCCCCACGGCUGGCACUCCUCUUCCUGCCCCCACUGCUCAGCGUGUCCGCUCCAACCUGCCCGAGCAGUACAACCGAUCCCAGACCGGAACCCCCGACACCGGAUCGGCCACCGAGCCUCCACCUUUGGCCCCAUGGGCCAAGGAGGCUGCCAGCCGCAAGGGUCCCAGCCUCAAGGAGAUACAGGAGGCCGAGGCCCGUAAGGCUGCCAAGGCCGAGGAGCUUGCCGCCGAGCGCCGCCGCGUGGCCUUGGAGCAAGAGGCUGCUGCCCUCAGAGAGCGCGAGAAGGCUAUUACUUCUGCCACUGGUCUUCCUACGACUAGCACCUGGGGCAAUGGUUCGCCCGUUGCACCUGCCAGCCCUUGGACCAAGCCUGCCGCCGCUAAGCCUACUCCUGGCGCCAGCACCCCCGGAAAGCAGAAGACCCUUGCCGACAUCCAGCGAGAAGAAGAGAACAGGAAGGCAAAGGCCGCCAAGGAGGUUGCCAUCCAGACCGGACUGGCUACUGCGGCCGCCGGCAAGCGCAGCGGCUGGGCCACCGUUGGAGCUGGUGGCAAGGUCAAGGUGCCUACUGGGCCUGCCGCCCAAACCCGAUCAGCUAGCGCCGCUGGCAUGAAGGCUACCCCUGUUGCGACGAAGCCGGCCAUCAAGCCCGCUCCCCCUGUUGCCCCGACUGGACCUGCAAAGAGCGAUGUUGCCAUGGACGAGUUCAACAAAUGGCUCCACCGCGAGCUGUCCCGUGGAAUCACUGGUGUUGACAUUGAUACGUUUGCUGCUACCCUCCUCAUCCUUCCGCUCGACAACACCAUCAUUGCUGAUGCAGUCUAUGCCAACUCCAAGACCAUGCAUGGUCUCCACUUCGCCGAGGAGUUUAUCCGCCGCAAGAAGCUAGCCGAGAAGGGCGUGGUCGAGAAGCAAGGCGCUGUCACCGACAGCAAGACUGGCAGCUGGAACGAGGUGGCCAAGAAGGGCGGCCACAAGGAGCAGUCUCCCGCAGGAGACACUGGUAUCCAGGGCGCUGGCUUCAAGGUUGUUCCUACCCGCAAGAAGGCGGGCAAGAAGGGCAACUGA